AUGGCUUCCGCGCAGGCCGCCGCAAGCAUGACCCCCAGCAUGUCGUCCGAUAAGCCAGCACCACCCAAAGACCUCUCGAACCACUUCAGCCGGAGCGCCAAAGCGCGCACCGCGAGCUCCAUCAAGCAGUUCUACAAGUACUUCCAGAUCCCCGGCAUUGGCCAGCUCGCUGGUGGGCUGCCAAAUAACCAUUACUUUCCGUAUGACACUCUCGAGGCGAAGGUAGCCCGGCCGGAUCGUUGGGAUCCUACACCCAACAAGCCCGUCGACCCUCCGCCAGAGGGCGAUGAUGCCGCUCAAUCCUUCUCAAAGCUCAACGUUAGCUCCAAGCAGUCCUCUCAAUCCAGCAUCCUCGUCCCACACACCUCCGCCGACACCAACCCCCAGACGAAAGUCGACCUCUCCACCGCCCUCCAGUAUGGCACUGCCCAGGGCUACCCACCGCUCUACGGCUUCCUCCGCCAGCUGACCCGCGAGAACCUGCACCCCAACUGCCCUUACGAGGGCGGGCCGGAGAUCAUCCUCACCUGUGGCAACACCGAUGGCUUUUGCAAGGUUCUACAACUCUUGACGAACGAAUGGAGCGCGGAGAAAGACUGGGUGAGGGAUAGGCAGGGACUGUUGGUGGAGAAGUUUGCGUAUAUGAAUGCGAUUCAGGCGGCGAGGCCGAGAGGUUUGAACGUGGUGCCGGUGGAGAUUGAUGAUGAGGGCAUGAUUGCGGAGGGCAAGGGAGGGUUGAGGGAGGUUUUGGAGAAUUGGGAUUAUAGGAAGGGCAAGAGGCCGAGUUUGAUCUAUACUGUGACCAUGGGCCAGAAUCCAACAUCUGGCGUACUGUCGCUGCAAAGACGCCGAGAGCUCUACGCUAUUUGCUGCGAGUACGAUGUGAUCAUCUGCGAGGACGACCCGUACUGGUAUCUGCAGUUCCCAACCGCGACCGCUGUCAACACCACCACCACCUCCGACCCUGCCAACACCUCGUUCAACCCCGACCAGCCCAUGUUCGCCAACGCCGAGCCCGUUCCAGAAGGCUGGAAGUCCUCAGGCUACAAGUUCCUCGACUCCCUAGUCCCCUCCUCCAUCAGCAUCGACACCGAAGGCCGCGUGAUCCGCCUCGACACCUUCUCCAAAACCGUCGCCCCCGGCUGCCGCCUCGGCUGGAUAACCUGCCAACCCGCCUUCGUCGAACGCAUCCUCCGCAUCAGCGAAACCUCCACCCAGCAGCCCUCCGGCUUCGUGCAAAGCAUGAUCGCCGAGCUCCUCCUCGGCCCCGACAGCCGCGACGUCGCAACCUCCCAAAGGACGAAAAAAGACAACUCCACCCCCGGCGAAGCCUGGGACGCCGCCGGCUGGGUCCGCUGGAUCGAAGGUCUCCGCGGCAACUACGAGCGCCGCAUGAACCAGAUGGCCAAGAUCCUCGACUCGGGCAAAUAUCUCGUCAAAUCCGGGCGCCGGAACAGCCUCGCCGACCCCACCGCCUCCUCCGAUGACGACGAGUGGAGUGUCGUGGAGAAAACCCAAACCAUGUCCUUCGAUUUCCCCGUCGGCGGCAUGUUCCUCUGGCUCCGCGUGCACUUUGAAAACCACCCCCUCUACCACCAUUACGCGAAGCACAACCAGCUCUCGCGUCUGAGCCGCGCGAUGUGGAUCUUCUGGACCACGAAACCGUACCGUGUUCUCGUGUCGCCGGGGACGAUUUUCAGCCCAACGCAGAAAAUCAUGGAUGAAGAGGGGUGGAGGUAUUUCCGGCUGUGUUUUGCGGCUAUUGAUGAGGAUAUGCUUAAGGAGGUUACGGAGAGGUUGCGGGAUGGGGUGAAUGGGUUUUUUAGGGUGAAGGAUAGGAAGGUGGUGGAGAAGUUGUUGGAGGAAGAUGAGGCGGGGGUGGCGGCGAGGGAAGCGGAGGGAGAGGGGUUGGUUAGUGUGGCUGGGUUUGGGGGGUGUUAG